GCCAAGCAUAAACCAUUUUGUUCACUUUUAGUCUGCUCCAGUAGAGUGGCAGACCUUCCAGGUUCAAAGUCAAAGCACCCCAGGCAAUAGCUGCAUUUCCCCCUGGGCAUUACUCCUUUGUGACUUCACCCACUGAAGUCACCCGGGAGACGGUGCUGAAUGUUCCAUGUUAGAGUCUUGGGCCUCUUAGGAGGCAGGGACAGCAGGCCUGGCCAGCUCAGAGGACUCUCUGUCCACAGUAUAAAUGAAAACACUGCUGGCCCAUGUCUGGCAGGGAUGUAGAGGGCAGCCUCAGAGGCACUGGGCACUCCCGGCACCAUGGAUGACGCAGCCGUCCUCAAGCGACGAGGCUACAUCAUGGGGAUAAACUUAGGAGAGGGCUCGUAUGCCAAAGUCAAAUCCGCUUACUCUGAGCGCCUAAAGUUCAACGUGGCGGUCAAGAUCAUCGAUCGCAAGAAAGCCCCCACGGACUUCCUGGAGAAAUUCCUUCCCCGGGAGAUUGAGAUUCUGGCCAUGCUAAACCACCGCUCUAUUGUCAAGACCUAUGAGAUCUUUGAGACGUCAGAUGGCAAGGUCUACAUUGUCAUGGAGCUUGGGGUCCAGGGUGACCUCCUUGAAUUCAUCAAAACCAGAGGAGCCCUGCAAGAGGAUGAUGCUCGAAAGAAGUUCCACCAGCUCUCCUCGGCCAUCAAGUACUGCCACGACCUGGAUGUCGUCCACCGAGACCUCAAGUGCGAAAACCUUCUGCUUGACAAGGACUUCAACAUCAAACUGUCUGACUUUGGCUUCUCCAAGCGCUGCAUGCGGGAUGAUAGUGGUCGGCUGACAUUAAGCAAGACCUUCUGUGGGUCAGCAGCUUAUGCGGCCCCUGAGGUGCUGCAGGGCAUCCCCUACCAGCCCAAGGUGUAUGACAUCUGGAGCCUGGGUGUGAUCCUCUACAUCAUGGUCUGUGGCUCCAUGCCCUACGAUGACUCCAACAUCAAAAAGAUGCUGCGCAUCCAGAAGGAGCACCGCGUCAACUUCCCACGCUCCAAACACCUGACUGGUGAGUGCAAGGACCUCAUCUACCGAAUGUUGCAGCCAGAUGUCAACCGGAGGCUGCACAUUGAUGAGAUCCUCAGCCACUGCUGGGUGCAGCCCAAGACGCGAGGUCUGUCCUCUGGAGCCAUCAACAAGGAAGGGGAAAGCUCCCGGGCCGCUGAGCCCUCAUGGACCCCUGAACCUGGUGCUGAUAAGAAGUCUGCCACCAAGUUGGAGCCUAAGGAAGAGGCACGAGCUGAGGCCCAAUCUGAGACAAAACCCCAGGAAGAUAAUGCGCAGGUGGCCAGGCAGUCAGAGAACGUGGGCCUCAGCAGCGAACCGAACAGGGCCACAGAGGAAGGGCAUCCCCAACAGCCUUCAGAGACACAUACUUAGUGAGCCUCUUGCAGCCCAGGGGGCCAGCAGGGAAGAAGGCAGAGCUCAUGGCUUGAAGCCUGAGCCUAGAAGUCAAGGGACGAGAGAGAGAAGGAAGACACUCCCGGAUGAGCUAUUUUCGUCACUUUCUUCUCCCCCCUCCUUUGAACUUGGUAACUCACAUGGCUAAAGAAGCAAUAAAUCACUAUAUGGGUGCACACCCUCAGGUGAA